CUACCACCUCACUGUGGUACCUCAGUGUUGAGGUCCGUGUGAAGGAACCAGGGAACGUGUGGUUGUGUACUGUUUGUUACGUGUGUGAGGCCCGGCUAGCUGCUGCUGCUAACUCCUCCUGAGCAGGAGCUUCUUCCUGACAACAGCAUCUCUGUGCUGUGAUACGGGGGGUUCGAGUUACCCUGUAAACAGCCUGGAGUUGAGGGAGUGAAGCGUUCUGUGAAGAGGCUGCAGCCACGCACACAUGAAGCCUGUAGGUGUGAGACGUGAACCUGAUGGUACCUGGACCUAAUGAGCUCACAUGACCGGACGUUAGCGAGACGCUGUGAGUGAGCAGCUGUGAACGGAGGCCCGGUCCGGAUCGGGCGCUGUGCUGAGGUUCCGUCCUCCGGGCAGUUCCACGCUGAGCGCUGGCACCGCGUUCUGCUCCUGAGCCACUCCUCGCCGACCGGAGCAGGGUUUUCCAGUUAUCCGUGGUAAUAAAAGGAACCGCGUGCUUGUUCUUCCAACACACGGCAGCGAAGAAAUGCGAGUUUAACAUGGAUAACCUGAGCAAACCCGAGCUGCUCACCCUGCUGAGCAUCAUGGAGGGAGAGCUGGAGGCUCGAGACCUGGUCAUAGAAGCCCUGAGGGCUCAGAGGAAGGAGGUGUUUCUCCAAGAGCGCUAUGGUCACUACAGCCUGACCGACCCCUUCCUGGCGCUGCAGAGGGACUUCGAAUGCGGGGUCCCCGGAGGAGACAAGGAGCGGCGGCCCCUGGGCUCCAGCCCCAUCUCCGUCCUGGAGGCCGUCAUGGCUCACUGCAGGAAGAUGCAGGAGCGCAUGUCCGCCCAACUGGCUGCUGCUGAGAGCCGUCAGAAGAGGUUGGAGAUGGAGAAGCUGCAGCUGCAGAGUCUGGAGCAGGAGCAUCGGAAGCUGACGGCGCAGCUGAAGGACGAGCGCGAGAAGAACAAGCACAUCGUGAUGAUGCUGGUGCGCGAGUGCAAGCAGCUCGCCACGCGGGUCGUGGAGGAGUCCCAGCGCUUCGACGAGCUGCAGGCCCGCAUGGACGAGGAGAGCCGCGCCUCCGGGCGGCUGCAGGAGGAGCUGGGCGCCGAGCGGCAGCGGAGCCAGCAGAUGGAGGCCAAGAUGGAGAAACAGCUGUCCGAGUUCGACACGGAGCGGGAGCAGCUGCGCGCCAGGCUGGGCCGCGAGGAGGCCGAGACCCACGGCCUGCGGCAGCAGGUGGAGCGGCUCAGGACUGACCGGGGCGACGGGAAGGAGUCUGCGGCCGGAGCAGAACCCGCUGCCGCCGGAGCAGAACCCGCUGCCGCCGGCGCAGAACCCGCUGCCGCCGGCGCAGAACCCGCUGCCGCCGGAGCAGAACCCGCGCCGCCCAAAGCCAAGGCGCUCACGUCUGUGUCUGUAGCCACAGAGCCCGUUAGCUCUCGAACAGCUUGGUGCCAAACGGACCUGCCUCCUCCCGAGGCGGAGGCUCCCAAGAAGAGCCCCCUCACCAUACCGGUCAAACUGGCCUCUGCCAACUAUGUGGGCCUGAGCCUGCCAAAGACGGCCGGCCGGGGCGUCGUCCACAGCAGUCCGGCCGGACCGGCACAGGCGGAGAAUGGCGCCGAGGGCCAGGUCUCCCACAGCCUGCCCGCCGGGGUCAGCCCCCGGGUCCAGGCAGCUCGCUAUAAGUUCCAGGAACAGGACCAAAAUGGUACAGCCUCCCAGAGUCCUCCAGCUCGAGACCUCUCUCCCACCAACCGUGACAACUUUGCCGCCAAACAGCAAGCCCGUCACACGGUCACACAGGUUCUCUCCCGCUUCACCAGCCCCCCCGCAGGAGGCGCCGGACCCCUGCGUCCCAGCCUGCCCCAUUCGGCCUCGGAGGGAGGCCCUUUUCCCAGCCGCCUGAGCCACCCCAUAGGCCUCAAGUCGCCCACGGUGGCCAGGAUCGACCGGGGAAACCCUCCUCCCAUCCCUCCCAAAAAGCCAGGGCUUUCCCAGACCCCCUCCCCUCCUCAUCCACCAAUCAAGGUGGUAGGGGACAGCAGCCGCUCCUCUGGGGCUGGGCUGAAACCGGCCACGCCCCAGCUGCCGCCCAAACCUGCCCUGGACCUGGUCCCAGCCUUGACGGCCUCUCAGGUGGGUGCCUGCCUCUCAUCCCGCUCCGCGGGGCCCGGCCGGGGCCCUCAGAGGCAGCCGGCAGCAUGCACAGUCAUCAUCCCUGCCACCGCUGUCAGUAGCCCCUCCUCCAUAAACCCCCCUCCCACCUCCUCCUCCGUUAGUGCUCCAUCCUCCCAUAGUCCCUGUGCGUCAGCGGGCAGCCCCAUGGCAACAGCAUCAGGCUGGUGUCCCUCCGUAGCCUCUUCUCUAAGCGGUGGUGGACCUGCUGCCCUGGACGGCGGGAUCCCCCGGCUCCUCCAUGCUGCUUCCCAGGGAAAUGUCACUUUAUUGUCAAUGCUGCUUAACCAACCAGACCCGACCAUCACCGCCAACACCACCACCUCUACGCCUACAAACACCACCUCUACCACCGCCUUGGAGAACAAGCCCGAUAACCUUGACCCAGACCACCUCUUCUACCAGAACCACAACCAAACCUCUGCCUUGUUUGCUGCUGCUCAGAACGGACACACAGACUGUGUGAAGCUGCUGCUGUCGUCAGGAUCGCCUGCUGAUGCUUCGGAUGAAAAUGGAUUCACACCUUUACACCUGGCUGCCGCCCACGGCCACAGCAGCUGUGUGGAGCUGCUUCUUGCUGCCGGAGCUGCUGUGGAUGCGGCCGCGUCCGGGGGACAGACCGCCCUGUUCCAGGCCUGCGAGGCGGGACGGCUGGACUGCGUCAGGGUCCUGCUGAACUGCGGAGCCGACCGCUCGUGCACCGCCACCGACGGCUGCACGCCGCUCCACGCCGCGGUGCGUUCGGGACACGUGGACACGCUGCGUCUCCUGCUCGGGCCCCGGACCGGCGCCGACCCCUGCGUGACCCCGGAGCUGCCUGCUGCCCUGCUGAACCAGGCCAACGGCGACGGCUGGACGGCCGCUCACAUGGCUGCUGCCCUGGGCCUCAAGGAGUGUCUGGAGGUGCUCUGCAGCCACAGUGAGCAGGACAUAGAGAGGAGGGACAAGUGCAAUCGCACCAUUCACGAUGUGGCAACAGACGACUGCAAAGAUCUUCUUGAGAACCUCUACUCGUACUGGGUCCUGGUCCAUCUCCAGGGUUCAGGUGGAGGAGGAGCGGGGGCCAUGUGUCCAGUGGAGGCCUUGGAGGAGGAGGUGAAGGGAGGCCUCGGCAGCCUGUGGGUGCUGGGCAGAGUGUCGGUGGACCGUUCAAUGCGCUGGGCUCAGCUGGGCGCCGUGCUCACACAGGCCUUCGCCUCCCACCUCCAGAUCCUCUGUGGCCACUGUCAGACGGGGAGGGAGGAGGCGCAUCGCCCCCCGCUGGGCCUCGGUCCCGCCAGCAUCGCCUCCGUCCUUAUCGGAGACACUGAGUGGUUGCCAGGUCAGGAGCUGCCCCUGUCCCCCUGGGAUCUGGUCAGGAAGCCGCUCAGUCAGUGCAUCACCAUCCGCCUAAAAGGCCUGUCUGAAUGCUGUCUGGAUGAGUUGGCUCUGGAAUCCCUCUUCCCCCUGCCGCUGCUGCACAACUACGUCCGCCUAGUGGAGCAGUACGGUAACCUCAUCUUUCACGGGCUGGAGGGCAGCUGUCAGGAGUACAUCGCUAACGUGGUGGCGCGCUGCAUCAAGUCUAAGCAAGAGGUGGGGGGGCGCUGCUGUGACGUCGUGAGGGUGGAGGUGGAGGAGAGUCUGACCAAAGAGCAGCUGCUGGAGACUUUCAUCGCCUGUGGCUUCCUGGUUCCAUCUGUGGGGGGGGGGGGCAGGGUAUCACCUGGUGCCACUGAUCUGUGUGUGGUGGUGCUGCUGGAAGGACUGGAGAAGGCUUCAUCCCUGACAGGCCUGCUGGGAGACCUCUGCCACAGUCUGGACAGCAGAGGUGCUUCAGCGCUGGUCCUGAACACCGGACCCCACCACUUCCGUGAGGGCAGCUUCCUGAUUGCAACGCUGUCGAAGCCCCGGCUGCAGGGAUCAGAGCUCCGCCUGCAGCAGCAUUUCCGCUGGGUGACUCUUCGCUGGGACCAGGAGCCGCUGCACGGCCUGCUGGGAAGACAGCUCCGCAGGAAACUGAUGCACAAGGUGGGGACGGGGGCUUGGACUCCUGACGGCGUCAUGGAGCGGUCGGUUCUGUGGGUGGCCCAGGUCUGGCAGCAGCUCAACGCUUGUCUCUCUCGUCUGGGGACCCAUGAGGCUUUGCUGGGCCCGCAGCUCUUCCUGUCCUGCCCGGUGGUUCUGAACAGCCCCCAGGCGAUCGUCAGGUGGCUGGCUCGGCUCUGGAACGCUGUGGUCGUCCCCCGCGUGGAAGAAGCCAUCAUCUCCCGAGUAACGACCAAGCGCUCCUCCUCUUCCUCCAACACCUCCUCUUCAUCGCUGUUGCAGCAACAGUCUCCUAGCAACUGUAGGCUGAGUCCUGGGCAGCAGGCUGUGGUGAAAGCUGCUCUGAGCAUCCUGGUCAAUAAGGCCGUUCUGGUGGGCUGCCCUCUGACUCGACGCGAAAUGGACAAGUAUCUGCUGGAGUUUCGUGGCGGGAGCUUCCCCCUGUCAGCCGUCAGCUCCUAUAAAGGAAGUGGUGGCGUCUGCGGCAGGAAGGGGCGGGACAACAACAAGCUGAGACGAUCCAACACCAGCCCGCGGAAGAAGGGAAGCCCGGCCUGGAGCUGUGGAGGUUCCUUCAGAGAGGGUUCACUGUCCAACAGCGACGUCAGCUUCAACUCCAAUGGCAAAGUGCAGAGGGAGCCGGUGGGUCUGUCCGUCUUCUCCGAUGACGAGACGGAUUUGAUCCGGGAGCUACAGACCAUGUGUUCCAGCAGGUCAGAGCCAGACAUCAGCAAGAUCUCUCGGGGCAACGAAGACUUGAUUCCAUUCGUCAGAGAGACGUCUCCUCGUCCUGAGGCCGAGCAAGAAGCUGCCGUCCAGCAGCGAUCGCAGACUGUGGCUCAUGAGUCCAGCUGCACUUCCAGCCAGGCAGCCGUCCAGCGUUCAGGCCCUCGUGCUAAAUCGCAGCUCCCCAUCCCCAGCAGCAGGGGGCAGCAGACACGAGCCUCCAACAGCAGCAGCAGCAGCAGCAGCAGCAGCAGCUCUAUUCAAACCCAGACGACCCCCAGCCGCAGCAGAAAAAAGCAGACUCCAACCUGCAGCAACAGCAACUACCGCAGCGCUGACAACCAAUCACACGAGGACAUUUGGAUCCUCCACAGAGACCUGCAUGAAAACAAGUAGACAUCUUCUUCCCCAUGAUUCCCUCCAUGGUGUAAAGACUAGGUACCUGACGACCUUUGACUUUUAGUAUUUGUACUCGUUAUCUGUACUUGUUACACUGUUCUGCAGUUGUGUACUUGGGGACCAUAGUUUUAUUCUAUUACAGUAUUUGAAGUUUAUCGAAGGAUUAAAAAAAGGGUUUGGCAAGAUGUGACACGAGUGAACUAACAGAGAGUACUGCAGCAGCUCACGUCCCUGUCGCCUUAUUCCACUGUAUCUUCCUGCUUCUUAAGGGACGGUCUCGCAAGAUGCAGUGUGAAAGAAACAUACCGAAAUCAGAGCUGGGAAAGUAUUUGACAGGUGGAAAUCGCCUCAAAUGUGGCUACUAAUCCGUAUUUUUGUGAUCUUAAAGUGAAAUACUGUGCUUCUACUGGUAAAAAGCCACUGAAGAGUAACUGACGGUACUCACGCAGGUGUUACCUUUUGGUGAAGUGUUUUGGAUCAAAGAGACGAGCAGGUUUUUAUUUUUUCUUUUGUCGUUUUUGCUAUCAAGUAUUUUGAGAUAUUCAAGUGUUAUCUUUAAAUAGUCGCAAGGUUGGUUUAAAUACUGCUGAAAUUAAUCAGGGUUUUACCAAAUAUAUUUGUAAAUAAGAAUUAGUAUGUUUAAGUGCUCCAUGGAUUGGUGUAUGUGGUAUGAUGCUUGUACAGUGAUGAAACUUUAAGGCAAAACUGCUGAAAAACAAAAACAAAUGUGUACAUAGUGUUUGUAAACGAGUUUAGUUCUUAACCCUUCACUUGUUUCAAAGUGAGUGGGAUGUGGCAAUAAGUACUAGAACUGUAUAAACACAGGACGUCCUCUGUCAACUGUAAGCCAUAAUAAAUAUUUUAAAUACCCAUCA